UAAACUGUGAAUCGCAAUGGAGUCAGCACUCAGCAAAGAGAUAAUAGAGUGGUCUAGAGAGGAUCUUCACGGCGCGAGGAUGCAGCCAAUGGAGAAAACAAAGGGAAAAAAAAGGAAAUCAGCAUUAGUCCGGAGCUCGAUCGGUGCAUAUGCUGUACAGUGUGAAGCAUGCUUGAAAUGGAGGUUGAUUGAUACAGAGGAAGAGUACGAGGAGAUCAGAAGUAGAUUCAUAGAGGAACCAUUUGUUUGCAGCAAGAAAGCUGAUGUCUCUUGUGAAGACCCCACUGAUAUCGAGUAUGAUGCUACUCGAACCUGGGCUGCAGACAAGCCAAACGUUCCAAAGACCCCAAAAGGUUUCCAGAGAGACUUGGUGCUUAGAAAAGAUUUCUCCAAAAUGGAUGCCUACUACAUCACACCCACUGGGAAGAAAGUGAGGGCCCUUUCUGAGAUAGCUGCAUAUCUUAGUUCAAACCCAGACUGCAAAGAUUUAUCCCCUUCAGACUUCAAUUUUAUGGUUCCAAAGAUUAUGGCUGAUACAAUUCCUGCUCAUAUUGAAAGAAAGGUUUCUACUAGUGGUAGCAAUAAAAAACGGAAAAAAUCAGAGAAUGGAGAUGAAUAAAGAGACACCAGGAUUUUCCGGUUAUCCCUGUUGAUAUUAUUCAUUGGGUGAUCAAGUUUGUUGUUCCACAGGUCAUCCUGUAACUUUGCUCCCUGUUAUCUGGUUCGUUAUGUUAAAGCUUCUUCACUUUCACAGAUCAAAAUGUUCUUUACUGUACUUGCUACAAGUGUAACUAGUUAAACUAUGUUGUUGUUGGGCAUUCAUCAAUAGAUUGUCUUGUUUUAACUUCAA